ACGAGUGUGGAGAAUGGGCCACGCCCCUUCCAAACCAGUAUUCACUAGCAUCAGUAUUAAAAGCACGGAAUAGCACGCAAGUGUCACUCAGAGUUGAUCCAGCAUGGUCUACAGUAGCUGUGCGGUAGACUGUUGAGCGUGGUGUGUCUGGUCCCGAGGAUAUCGGUCAGUGACGUCAGAACCUUUGUCUGGUGUGCCUCUCCAUCAGGCCCCACGAUAUAAGCAGACUUCAACCCGGAACACUGUUGGUCGGCCAGGGCUGCUGUCUCCAUGGUGCUGAGUUCCAAUUCUAACGGCUCGUCCACCGGGUCCACUAUAGGAGCAAAUUGUGUUCGGAACAACCUCGACAGCGGAGGCAGCAUGUUCCUUAAGGUUUACUCUAUCACCAUUCUUCUGCUUGACCUCCUUAGUCUCAUUGUCAAGGUGAUUUUUGCUAUUCUGGAGUCCAUCUUCCAGACCUUCACAGGCGGCGCCGAAAAGUCAGUAGUCAACGAAAUUGUUCUGGUAACGGGAACCGGACAUGGUAUCGGGAAGGAGCUGGCACACCAGUACGCUUCGCUCGGUGCAAUUGUAGUGUGUUGGGACAUAAAUCAGGAACAGAAUGAUGAGACAGUCCAGGAGCUAAGGAAGAUUGGCUGCAAGGCCUACGGAUACAAAUGUGAUGUGGCGGACAGAGAUUCCGUUUUGGCGUUGGCUCUGAAGGUUAAAGAAGAAGUAGGCGAUGUUACCAUUUUGGUAAACAAUGCUGGCAUCAUGCCCUGCCAUCCAUUGUUACAGCACAACCAUCAGGAGAUACGCAAGAUAUUUGACAUCAAUGUUCUUGCACAUUUCUGGAUGCUGGAGGCGUUCCUUCCGAGCAUGAUCCAAAACAACCGAGGCCAUGUAGUCGCUCUCUCAUCCAUGGCUGGAGUGAUGGGUCUCCGCAAUUUGGUGCCUUACUGUGCAUCAAAAUAUGCUGUGAGGGGCCUCAUGGAUGCGCUGAAUGAAGAACUGCGGGAAGACGCCCGACAGAUAGAAGUCAAGUUUACUUCUAUCUUCCCCUUCAUCGUUGAUACAGGGCUGUGCAAAAAGCCAUAUACAAGGUUCCCUUUCCUGCUAAAUUUCGUACCAGCCAAGAAGGCAGCAAAGGCAAUCAUCACCGCCCAGAGACGAAAUUACAGCGAAGUGUCGAUCCCGGGUAUACUUCUGCAUCUGAACAGUGUGUUGAGACUUCUCCCCUUAAAAGCAGCACAACACCUGAAGGACUUCAUAGACAGUGGUGUGGACUCUGACACAACCUGAUGUUUUAAUAAUAACAAAGCAUUGGAGCACAAUUAAAUAUUAUAUAAAAGACAAAGGAAACAAAAUUUACUAAGAAAUUGUCGCCAUUUAUAAAGGGGAAUUUCAGAUUAGAAGGGAACAGUUUUGUAGGUAUUUUGUCAUAAUAAGCAUGUGAUUUGUUGGAAACGUAAUUUGUAUUCUUGAAAUGCCUUUAAUGUUUCCUUUUAGAACAUAUAUAAUUGAAAUGUUUUGAAAUACUUGCAUCUUAGUUUAUAAUGAGCAUGUGAAGAUGAAUGACAAUGCACUUUGGGAAGAGAUAUUGGUUAAUAAUUGCAAUAUACCAUAAAUAUACAGAUUUGAUCUAUUGCUUGUGCGUAAUUAACUUUAUAAAAGACUUUGCCCAUAUUUUUAAUGGCGUUUUAAGUCGACUGUAGAAAGAAUUCCUAUAGAUAUUAAUAAAAUAAAUAACUAACACUUUACAGUGUCAAUUAUGGAUAUGUUGAUUAUGAAGUAACAUGCACCUAGUUAUGAAAUUAAUUGAAGUAAAAUAAAGUUUAAUAUUCUAUUUUAUAAAGUGAACUCUGUGCUUCUUGAAAAUGUACUUUUAUUAUGAUAUGCUUUCUAAUAGUAUAGAGAAUUUCAAGCAUAAUACACACAUAAAACAGUACAACUUGUGUGAAAUUGCAUUGCAGUUUUACAGUCUUUGUGCUUUGAAGUACUGAAGUUAUCUGUAAAUAUAUGAAGGAUUCCCAAAAAUUUGUACACACAGCAGCAACUUUGGUGGCCACUUGUCAGUCAGUUGCUCACGACUUUCAAUUGUGUGAUGUAGCUAAUGGUGGUCAUUUUAAAUACCUGCAUUUGAUUUGCUAAUUCAUCAAGUGUCAAUGCUAAUGUAAAUAAUGAUUUAGUUUAUUAAAAUGUCUAUACUUCAUUCAUUCAGUCAAUAUGUAUGUAUACACAAUGUUUGAAAUAUUUUGUAGUUGAUUUUAAUGCAAUGGUAGAGAUAAGUAGAAAAAGGCAGACAAACUGUUACAGUUCAACGUAGGUAAUCCUUUUGUGGCUACAAGUUUAUCUCACUUGAGUUUGAGAACAACAUGUAGUCGCGUAUUUUUCUCAAAGAAAAUCUUACCAAAAUUUCUUAGUCAAAAGUUUAGUUCCACCUUACUCUGACAGCUAAGAACAUUUUUUAAUUCAUGAUUAUUUACUCAGUAAUAAAUCUUAUCUGCAAAUUCUGUAUCAUUCCUAGCUAGCAUUUUCUGUAAAAUGAUGAUUCUGUUAAGAAAUAUGUCUGUUCAUUUAAAAUUGGCUGUUCCUCGUAAGAAAUCAUUACUAAGAAUCUAUACUGCUUUUAACAUCACAUGCAAAUAAUGCAAAAACAAAAGUAUGUUCUGUGUAAGUUUUAUCAAAAUGUGGUGAUGAUUUUGAAUCGUUCUUUGAUACGUACACAAUUUUAUAGCUGCAAAUAAUUAUAUUAUUCUUACCCAAAACAGAAUGGAGCUUUGAUUAGGGAUGAAGUAAUUUUCAAAAAUAAUUUGGUAUGUAUUAAUCACCAAAAGAGUCAUUGACAUGUUCAUCAUUAUUAAAAGUUGCUUUUUCUUACAGCCAGAGUUUGCAGUAAUGACCAAAAUCUGGUUCUGAAAGAAACUAUUAAACGACACUGUCCAACUAUGUGAUCUCUAUAUUUCUUUCACAUGCUAGUUCACAUUUCAGUUCAUAUUAUAGCUUGUAUAAAUUUUUAUUUGAAUCCCAUCCUUAGUAUUUAAUUUUGAAUUAUGAGAUACUCUUCUAAAUAAAAUAUAAUGUUUCAGUAUAAUGCAAUUUAAUUAACAGAAAAUUGUAGGUGCACAAGGUGUUAGACACAAAAUGAAGUGUGUAAUUAAGUUCACAUAAGCAGCAGUUAGUACAGAAUGUUCAUCACUAGAAUAGGAACAACGCAACUCUUGUGUGUAUCCAUUUAUAUUGCAGGAGAUAAGGAUAAACAAGUUUGUUGGUUCUUAUAAUGAUGAUUACUUUAUUACUGUUGACUCAACAGUAAUAAAGAAUCAUACUAAGCAGUAUGAUGUUAUUAACACAAGUGUUUUUUACACAGUAACCAGUUCUCUGCAGAAUUACAAUGCUAAUUCGUUUGUAACUACCUUAUACAAUCACCUGAAAUUUCAUGACUAAACAUUUUUUCAAGUAACAUAUAAUAUAAUAGUAUAAAAUUGUAUGUUUAAAUAACUUUGACUGGUGAAUGGAAAAGGAUUUGGAAGGAAGUGACUGUGGUGUAUUUUAAGGACAUUGCCAGGAGGAAGUAAUGGAAACCACAAAAAUCUCAAAUCAAGUUGGCAUGUGUUUUGAUCAAUUAUGGAUUAAAAACCCUCUGAACAUGAAAGAAUAGUGAGUCUGUAAUAUUUUUUUAGGUUAAGGACACAGUUUCCCAAUUUGGGUAUUCAAUGUGUGCCAUUUUCUACCAGCAAAUGUGUGUUUUGCAAUUAACAUCUGUAGUUUAACUUCAGGAUUCAGUUAUAGAAAUCAGGAAUGCAAACUGUUCAUUUAAAUGUGUUAUUUUUCUUAAUGCCCUGUUUCCCAUUAUAUGUGCCUUCAGAAUUACAUAAUUUUAAGCACUGACAUGAAAAUAAAAAUAUUUUAUGCAUAAA